CUUGAAAAUCCAGGGGGCGAAAAAAACGCCACCAAAUCCGUAUAAUGCUACACAAUUUUUUUGCAGACGCAUAAUUUUCACCGCAAAGCCGAAAGGAAAGUGCAGAAAACGUGUUAAAUAAGUGCGAAAGACGGCAGCCAAACAAGACAAUCCGAGAUGAGCGAGUUCCAGACGCAGCAGGCGAGCAUUAGUCAAUCGCAGGCCCUCGCGCAGGCAAUCCAGCGUGCCAAGCAGAUUGCGGCCAAGAUCCAACCGAGCCAGCAGGGCGGCGGCGCUCCCGUGGGUCCAUCACCUCCAGCGGUUGGGGGCGGCGGAGGAGGAGCACCCAGCUUCAAGCGGCACAACGACGACGGCGACAGCGGUCCCGACUGCAAGCGCUCCUUCGGAAGUCCCGAGUACGGCAACAACAGCUCCAACAUGAGCAGCGGCAGUGGAGGAGGCGGCGGAGGAGGAGGCGGCGGCCAGAGUGGAGCCAGCAUUACCCAGGCCAUUGCCCAAGCGGCGGCAGUGGCAGCUCGACUGGCCGCCUCCGCAGGAACCAGCUGCGAGGAGCAGAUCCGACUACCCGACUCCGUGGCCGGUGCUUUCAUGGGCCGCGCCAGCAAUGACACCAUCACCCACAUCCAGGCGGAGUCCGGUGUCAAGGUGCAGGUCAUGCAGGAUCAGGAUCGCGUCAUCAUGCUGCGUGGCCAGCGAGAUACCGUAACCAAGGGUCGCGAGAUGAUCCAGAACAUGGCCAAUCGGGCCGGCGGCGGACAGGUGGAGGUUCUCCUAACCAUCAAUAUGCCGCCACCAGGACCCAGCGGCUAUCCUCCCUACCAGGAGAUCAUGAUCCCGGGCGCCAAAGUGGGCCUGGUCAUUGGCAAGGGCGGCGACACCAUUAAACAGCUGCAAGAGAAGACCGGCGCCAAGAUGAUCAUCAUCCAGGACGGGCCCAACCAGGAGCUGAUCAAGCCGCUGCGCAUUUCCGGCGAGGCGCAGAAGAUAGAGCACGCCAAGCAGAUGGUGCUCGACCUGAUUGCCCAGAAGGAUGCCCAGGCUCAGCAGCAGGGCGGUCGAGGCGGGGGUGGCGGAGGCGGCGGCGGAGGAGGUGGCGGCGGUGGUCCUGGUAUGGGAUUCAAUAACUUUAACAACGGCAACGGUGGCGAGAGCGUCGAGGUCUUUGUGCCCAAGAUCGCGGUGGGCGUGGUCAUUGGCAAGGGCGGUGACAUGAUCCGGAAGAUCCAAACCGAGUGCGGCUGCAAGCUGCAGUUCAUCCAGGGAAAAAACGACGAGAUGGGCGACCGGAGGUGCGUCAUCCAGGGCACUCGGCAGCAAGUCGAGGAUGCCAAGCGCACCAUCGAUGGACUGAUUGAGAAUGUUAUGCAACGCAACGGCAUGAAUCGUAAUGGAAAUGGAGGAGGCGGCGGUGGCCAAGGAGGAGGUGACUCCGGAAACUCCAACUACGGCUAUGGAUACGGCGUUAAUCACGCCCAAGGCGGACGGGAGGAGAUCACAUUCUUAGUACCCGCUUCCAAGUGUGGAAUUGUAAUUGGUCGAGGUGGCGAGACCAUCAAGCUGAUCAACCAGCAAUCCGGAGCCCACACCGAAAUGGAUCGCAAUGCCAGCAAUCCGCCCAAUGAGAAGCUCUUCAAGUCCAAGGGUACCACCGACCAGGUGGAGGCAGCCCGCCAAAUGAUCUCCGAGAAGAUAAACAUGGAGCUGAAUGUCAUUUCCCGCAAGCCCAUCGGUGGUGGAGGAGGCGGCGGCGGAGGAGGUGGUGGCGGAAAUUCUGGCGGUGGUCAGAACAACUCGCACCACAACCAGCAGCAGGGCGGCUACGGUGGGCCCAAUCAAAUGCAGGGCGGUGAUCCCAACUCGGGCGGAGCCUACCAGCAGCAACAGCAGCAGUGGGGCGGACCCUAUGGCCAGCAGGGAUGGGAUCCGUCCGGACAGCAGCAGCAACAGCAGCAGCAAAUGGCCAUGGCAGCCAAUCAAGGAGGAGCCGCUGCAGCGGGAGGAGCAGCUGGUGGACAGGACUACUCUACACAGUGGAUAGAGUACUACAAACAAAUGGGAUGCCAUCGCGAGGCUGAAAUGAUCGAGCAGCAAAUGAAGGCCAAGCAGGCGGGCGGCUCCUCAGGUCCUGUGCAGCCGCAACAACCGAGCAGCAGCCUCAACAGCAGCAGGCAGCAGCAGCAGUCGCAACAGCAGCAAGGAGGCGGCGGCGGUGCCGGUGGAGCCGACUACAGUGCCCAGUGGGCGGAGUACUACCGCAGUGUGGGCAAGAUCGAAGAAGCCGAGGCCAUCGAAAAAACGUUAAAGAACAAGCAGCCACAGAAUGGAGCACCGAGUGGCCAGAACAAUGCGCCCAAUCCCAGCCAGGGUGGACCCAAUCCCGGCCAGCAGCCGAAUCCCGCUGCGGCGGCAGCAGCUGCCGCGGCUGCUGCGGCGGCGGCCGGAGGAUAUGGACAGAGCAUGACGCCCAGCCAGUACGCCCAGUACUCCCAGUAUUAUGCGGCGGCGGCUGCAGCUGGUGGCCAGCCGCAGGGAGCACCUCAGCCCGGAGGCGGAGGACAGGGCGGUGGACCGCCUGCUGGCUAUCCAGGCGGUUAUCCCGGCGCUGGCUACGGCGGUUAUCCCGGUGCGCCGGGCCAGCAACAGCAGAAAUCGCACAAGAACGACAAACACUGAGGACGCUCGGAGGGAUCGGGAAUGGCGGGAGUGGGGAGGAGAUGUAUGUGGGAGUGGAAGCGGACGCCAAAGUGGAAGAUGUUGCGGUCGGAGGUCGGUGCAGGUGCCUUGCAUGGGUGAUCUAUUGUUCUACUAUGUCCUAUGUCUUUUAUCCCCCACAAAACUAGCAAAUCAGAACAGAACAAAAUCAAAUGAUUUUUAAUUGCAAUAACAGCAGCAAAAGCAGAAGCGGAAACAUCACCAAACAGACAACACACGGCAGAAUGGAGGCGGAGGUCUGUGGUGAGAGGAGGAACCGGAUCGAUCUAUCAGCCAAUCAAUCGGAGAGUGAAACAUUGAACGUUUAGCUUGUGGCGUCACACUUUUGCAUAAAUGUAAAUUAAUAUGAUUAACACUGUCUAUUAUUUGGAUAAUGCCUAUAACUUCCCCAAUAGUUCGUAAGCGAUUUCCCCGAGAACCUAAGUCUAUCUAUAUAUCUAUUCAUAAACGCAAUCGAACGAAAGAUAAUGCUCUUGCUGUUCAUGAUCACCACUUGCAUAGACACACUAAGAUAAGCCAAUUGAAUCCGUUUUGGGUGUUUUGUUCUUUUUUUGACAUCUGCAUAUAUAUCUCACGCAUAUAUAAUUUCUUUCACCGUCAAUUCAGCGGGUGUUUUACUCUUGCAAUGCAACCUUCGUGAAAAUUCUGAAAUGCAAUAACUGAAAUGCUAUAUCGUUAAUAGUAGUACUGCAAAACUAUCGAUAAAUUCAUAACAUUUACUCGAUACUAUCGAUAGUAAAAUUGAUAGUAAGCUAAGAAUAAAAAUUAUAUUUAUCGUUAGUACCAAUCGGAAGUUUUGCAGCUCUAGUUAGUUCCAAUACGUAUAUAUAACAUUUACAAGAUAACGAAGUUUUUUACACAUGAACCCAUUUUCACAUACUUAGCUUAGCAUAGUUAUAAUAAAUAUCAUUUGAACAAGAGAUGACAGACGUGUGCAAAUGAUCAUCUGUCUCUGCUGAUCUGGUAAGAUUUAAAAUAUUUAAUCGAACCGUAUAUAACAGUUUUGAAAAUUGAGGGCCUGGUUUAAAGGUGUCUUGUUAAUUGAUCUGACAUUUUGCAUAACAAUAUUUUCACCUUUCAGUUGUGGAGAACCCAUGAUAUCAUUUUCGUAGCAGUAAGCUAAAACUGAAUUGAUUUAAAAACUAUUCUAUAUUUGUAUAUUUUCAAUCAUAAACUUGGUAAAAAUAUAUUCUUAAUAUUUACCUUUAAAGAACUUAUUUAUGAGCAGGAUAAUCAUGCCUGUGUUAAUAUCCUUAUUACCAAAUGCAAACAUAAAGUAUGUACUUUCAGAGGCCGCUCUUCAGACCAGUUCAUAACAGAAAUCAAACCCCAAAACUUUUUCACACAAACAAA